AUGUACGGAAGCUCUCGUUCCGUGAGCAAAAUAGACACGAAUCACAGCGGGAGCCGGAGCGGCCAGGCAAACUCGGGUCGCUCUCCCCGCCUGCCACGCUCACCCCGCAUGGGACAUCGCCGCACCAACAGCAUGGGGGGCAGCAACGGUGGACCUGGUGGCUCUGGAGGAAAGACCCUUUCCAUGGAAAACAUUCAGUCUCUCAAUGCAGCCUAUGCUACGUCUGGCCCUAUGUACAUGAGUGACAACGAGGUAGCCCUUGUCACUUCAUCUGACAUCCCAAAGACCGUCGUGAUGACUGGGCGCUUCGGUGGCAGCAUCCCAUACAGCGUGCGAGGAGCGGUCACAGGCAGCACGCCCGACAUGGCCAUGGUACCGACAGUGUCCACAGACUCCAUAGGCUUUGGCGGCGAGCUCCAUGCGGCGUCCACUGUACCUCACUCGCUGCGCCAGGCUAGAGAUAACACCAUCAUGGAGCUGCAGGCCCAGCUGAAAGAGGUGCUGAGGGAAAAUGAACUACUGCGCAAGGAGGUGGAGAUAAAGGAGAGCAAGCUUAGCUCAUCCAUGAGCUCCAUCAAGACCUUCUGGAGUCCCGAGCUGAAGAAAGAGAGGGCGCUGCGCAAGGAUGAGGCCUCCAAGAUAGCAGUGUGGAAAGAGCAGUACCGUGCCCUACAGGAUGAGACUCAGCACUUGCACACAACAGUCCAGGCUCUGCAGGCCGAGUUGCGCAUUCAGCGUGACCUGAACCAGCUGCUGCAGCCGCCGGGGGAACCUCUGGCUCUCGAGCCGGGUGAAGAACAGGAGAGGCAGGCCCGUGAGCUUGUCCUUCUUCGUCGAACCCUGCAGGAGAUGGAGUUACGGUUGGAGACGCAGAGACAGACACUGAUCGCCCGCGAUGACUCGGUCAAAAAGCUGCUGGAGAUGCUGCACAACAAAGGGCCAUCAGGCAAAGCCAGUGAGGAGGACCAUGAGCUUACCUGUCGCCUGGCUGAUGCUGAAAUGCAUGCACAUCACCUGGAAAAUCUGUUGGAGCAGCGUGAUAAGGAAAUGGUGGCCUUACGAGAAGAGCUUCAUCGACGCCUCGAAGGAACACCUGAGUCUACAAAAACCAAAGCUCUGCAGACUGUCAUUGAGAUGAAGGACUCUCAGAUCGGCUCUUUGGAACGGGGACUAAGGGAACUGGAAGAUCAGGUCAUGAUGCUGCGUUCCAGUAACAUGCUCACCUGUGAAGAGCGACAGGAGGAGGUCAAGCAAAUGGAGGUGUACCGCAACCACACCAAGUUCAUGAAGAACAAGAUGGACCAGGUGAAGCAGGAUCUAUCCAGGAAGGACACUCAGCUCCUCGGCCUGCAGACCAAACUUGAGACUCUUACUAAUCAGUUCUCUGAUAGUAAACAACACAUUGAGGUCCUUAAAGAGUCAUUGACUGCCAAAGAGCAGCGAGCUGCCAUUUUACAGACAGAGGUGGAUGCGCUGAGGUUGCGUCUGGAGGAGAAGGAGGCACUGCUGAACAAAAAAAGCAAGCAGAUUCAGGACAUGUCUGAAGAGAAAAGCACACUGAACGGCGAGAUCCAUGAUCUCAAGGACAUGCUGGAUGUCAAAGAGCGAAAGAUUGUAGUGCUCCAGAAGAAGAUUGAGAACCUGCAGGAGCAGCUGAGAGACAAAGAGAAGCAAAUGGGCAGUUUGAGAGAACGAGUGAAGUCUCUGCAGACAGACACCUCUAAUACUGAUACAGUUCUCAGUACACUAGAGGACUCACUGGCCGAGAAGGAACGUAUAAUCGAGCGUCUAAAAGAGCAGAGGGACCGAGAGGAGAGGGAGAAGACUGAGGACCUGGAGAGUAGUAAGAGGGAGCUGAAAGAGCUGAAGGACAAAGUGAGCUUGCUGCAGGGAGAUCUCUCAGAACGAGAGAAUUCUCUGCUGGACCUGAAGGAACAUGCAUCAUCCUUAGCAUCGUCUGGGCUAAAGAAAGACUCCAAACUAAAAUCUUUAGAGAUUGCUCUCGAGCAGAGGAGGGAAGAGUGCUCUAAACUAGAGACCCAGCUAAAGAGGGCCCAGAAUGCAGCUGUGGAAGCACAGGUCAACUCAGAGAUCUCUAAACGAAUCUCCUCGCUGGAAGCCGAUGUGGCCAGGCACAGAGAGGAGUCUGGGAAAGCGCAAGCUGAAGUUGACCGACUGCUGGACAUCCUGCGGCAGAUGGAGAACGAGAAGAACGACAAGGACAGAAAGAUCAGUGAGCUUGAAAGUGUGGCUUCCAGGCAGGUAAAGGAGCACGGAAAGAAGCCGUCUGGAAAACACAGGGAGCCGACUGGCAGAGGGCGCAAUGCCAGUGACGGCCCCCAGCAGGAAUCGUUAAGGCAGAAGGCUGAGCGCAUUGAGGAGCUGGAGGAGGCGCUGAGAGAGAGUGUGCAGAUGACAGCAGAGAGGGAGAUGGUGCUGGCACAGGAGGAGGCUGCACGCAACCACCAGGAGAAACAGAUGGAGGAGCUGCUUGGAGCCAUGGAGAAGGUAAAGCAGGAGCUUGAGUCCAUGAAGGCCAAGAUGUCAUCCACGCAGCAGUCUUUGGCAGAGAAGGAGACCCAUCUGACCACCCUUAGGGCUGAAAGAAGGAGACAUCUGGAGGAGGUGCUGGAGAUGAAACAGGAGGCUUUGUUGGCGGCCAUCAGUGAAAAGGAUGCAAACAUUGCGCUGCUGGAGCUGUCCUCGUCCAAAAAGAAAAAGACGCAAGAGGAAGUGGCCCAGCUGCGUAGAGAGAAAGACCGUCUGGUGCAGCAGCUCAAACAGCAGACACAGAAUCGGAUGAAGCUCAUGACGGAUAAUUACGAUGAUGGCCACCUGAAGACACCACCUGACCAGAUCAACCACAAACCGCCAAAAUCACCCGAUCAGGAUGAUGAGGAGGGCAUUUGGGCGUAGCCACUCUGGCAGCCAUUUUUGUUUUAGAAGGAUGAAAGCUGGGCGGAGAGCUACAGUGCACAGGAGCUUACAUUAACCAACUGACAAAACCAUACAGCAUGAGAGGAACCAUCUAUUCCAGACCCCA